UGAGACGUCGUUGGGGUACGAAAUUGAAUUGGUAACUACCUCAGAACUGACCAUAAGCAUAUCAGUUUUAUAUGGGAGAUAUAUAUACUCUUUGAGCAUCCUACUCCUAGGCUGAGUCCUACCAAUACCAUGGGUUGACCAUCACACUGAUGAGCCAGAAUCUGAAAAGCCUGCUUGAUGGAGAACAUGGCCUCACCGGAUGUUUGCAUACGGAAGGUUACUGAACAAGAAGUUCACGACGCCUGGUUGAUUGGAAGUCUCAGUUUCCCAAGUGAUGAGACAGCAUCAGAAGAACGUUGUAAGUUCAGGCAACGAGAGGCACCUGAUCUCUUCUGGGGCUACUAUGAGAGUGGUAAAUUGAUCAGUAUAACCCAUGGAACACGGACAUUGAAGAACGAGCUGACCCAUGAGUCCAUGUAUACCAAUGAUCCAGAAGGCACAGUAGUCUGUGUGCAUUCACUGUGCACCCACCCAGAGCAUAGAGGCAAGGGUGUUGCGACGGCCCUCAUGAAGCACCUUAUCCAGCAUGUCAGAGACAAUCUUGUCAACGUCACUAAAAUUUGUCUCCUCUGUCACGAUUUCCUUGUGGCGUUUUAUGAAAGCGUAGGCUUCCAGUGCCUGGGAUUGUCCCAAGUAACCUUUGGCCAAAUGCCAUGGUAUAAUAUGGUUUGCAACAUUCAAACUGACAAGUAAGAUGGCAGGUGUAUUGGGGGCAGUCUCCAACUUCAAUUGGCCCAGUUUCUGUCUCGGUCCGUACUGUAGCCAGGGGUGGAGUGGGUGGACGGACGACCCACUCCAAAUUUGACACAGGUCCAUUUUAAUAACUCCCAGAAUGAAAUAAAUGAGACUUGCAGGUUUGCAUGGUGGACAUGAACAAAGCGCAGAAGGUUUGUGGUAACACCAUGUGAAUAUUAUCUCUUUUAAGUUGUGUGGUUCUAAGCCAGUUGUUUUAACUCGACGUUUCGAACAGUGUGCUCUGUUCGUCAUCAGGACUUCAAGUACUUUAAUUGGCUCAUAGUUUAAAUCUAUGCCUUGAUUUAUAGUAACAUUUUGAGAUUUCUGGUGAUGCAAGAGUUGACUAUAUCGUUUGUCCUUCUGAAUCAUAAAUCAACCACGAAAAAGGAAAUUACAUAGGCUAUUCCAGAGAUUAAACUUUUCCGAUUUUAAUCGGAAAUCUGACUUUUUGAAUUUUCCAACGAAAUUUCCGAUUUUCUUACAAUGUGUCCC